AUGGAGUCUGGUAAAACAAAGAAAAAUAUGAGCAAAGAGCUUUGGGCGAAAGAGAAGCAGCUUAUACAUCUAAGUAAAAGCUUCUGAAGUAAACUAGCAUACAUUCCAAGACAAACUGAGUGAGUCGUCUAUCAAAUGUCUCAUAAUCCUAUUGAUUGCAUUACUUUAAAAUGUGAGAAUACUAAGAGCAUUAAGAAAGUGCUGAAGCCUAGGCUUACUUCUGAUUUUGUACCAACCUAUAUUUACAAAAUCGAGAAUCAGAAGACAGAAAAUCGAUUAGUCAAAUCUAAUCCUUUUAGCUCAAGAAAGAUACGUAGCAUCUCUAUCACUUGACCAUCUGAUAAAAUUUACACUCUAUCUAAAGACUUCUAUAAACUCCUCAUUCAGAACCUUCCCAAAGUAGGAGUUUUCUUAUAUCUGAGUCACAUAAAACUCUCCCAAAAAGCCAAACUAAACCUAUUUUCCAACCUAUCCACCACAUACGAGCUAACUCUCUCUUCCUGCUAUCUCCCAAUGAUCCAACCCCCCAGAUCCAUCCGGACCACUCCAUCCCUCCACUGACUGGUAUUAUCCUCAUGAAUCCCCCACAGCUACAGUCCGAUCCAGUCCCUUACUCCCACUUCUUCUUCUGCAGCCAUUCCCGAUGCUUAUGAAGAAGUGAAAUCUUUACUUGUGUUUAUGGCAGAGACUUCUUUGGCGAAGACAGUGGAGAGGAUUGAUUUUAAGGAGUCUUUUACUGAAGAGCAAGUUGAACAGAUGCAAGAGGAUGUACAGAUGGGGCAUAUUGUGUUCUAUGGAGUUUCUCGUGGGAGUGAUAAUCAUUAUCUUCUUGGAAAGAGUUUCUAA